AUGGAUUAUCUCAAAACUGCGCAUUCUAUUGUCCCUUCCUUCCAUCAUCGUGUUGGGAAACCGCCCAUUCUCCCAGCUGUCGACGCACCCAGAACCCCUGCGAAUGCUUGGGGCUUCCCUCAGCCAGGCAUUCAGUCUCCUACGCCUGCGUUCGCUACUGCUAGUCAUUACUUUGUCGAUGACCCAACUUGGAAUCAUGGCGAGUUCGAUGAUGUCGUUGUCGGAAGUGGCUUGUGUGCAUUGGCAUACAUCGAUACAGCUCUCAAGUUGGAACCUAAAAGGAAGAUUCUUGUACUCGAAAGAGGAGGAUUCUGGCUUCCUGAGCACUUCCAGAAUCUUCCUCUUCCCUUCAAGCUCGUUCUUGGAGGCCCUUCGGAGACCUUUCCCUGGCAGUUGAGUUCCAAAACGUUCAAUAGCGAGCUCAAGUACAUGCAUGGAUCUUGUCCCUUCUUUGGCGGGCGUAGCACUUUCUGGUCUGCUUGGUGCCCUCGCCCAACUCUCGAACUCAUGCGGGGGUUUCCGAACACGAUGCUUGAAACAGCCUCAACGGAGGAAUUUUGGACGGACGCCGAAGAACUCCUUCAUGUCACUCCCACAGACAAGCUUGACGAUCCUGUAUUCGCAAAACUUCAGAAAGAUAUCGAUGAGAGGCUCAUUGCUGGUGUAAAAGCCGGGAAAAUUCAAGACGCCGACUCUGCAGAAUCUGCUAGACUUGCUGUGGGCAUGACUACCUCCCUCUUCAAAACCAUUUUCAACAAAUUCUCCACACCUGGGCCGUUGUUGAAGAUCUACGAACGUCAACGUCAUCUGGCGGACAAGAAGCAAGGCAGCCCUCUUAUGAUUACCACCGACACAGUGGUUGAACGCUUUGAGGUCGAUCCCGAAGAUUCUGAACGUCGUGCAAACAUCCUUCAUACAUCUCGCGGUGCCCUUUGUUUCCCUCAAGGCAAGACGAAUAUCAUUCUCGCAACAGGCGCCAUACCCGCCACUACCAUCUUAAUGAACUCCCUCGGAGAUGAUCUCAGAGAUCGUGCUGGGGCGCGCCUCAGCGGUCACUUCCUCACUCACAUUGCUGCUCGCUUCCCUAUUACCGAGGAGUCUGGUGAAGACGGUUUUAAGGAUCAUCUUGAGAUUGGAGCAACCUAUGUGGCUGGCAAGGACCCCAAAACACAGCACCAAUAUCAUAUCCAGGUUACGGCUAUUCACUCGCCUCAUCCCGAGACGGACGCGGAAGAUGCUGCGAGGUUGUGUCCCGAUUAUGCUGCUGCUGCCACGGAGGCACAGUUGGUGGAUUCCGAGCGUCAUAUCGUCUUAGUGUGCGCGACGUUGGGAGAACUAUCCGAGAAGAACCCGCAUUCUUGGGUAAAGCAAAACCUGAAGAACCCGGAUGUGACUACAAACAUUCGUCUGCAAGUUGAUGUAGCUCAGGAGGACAAGGAGCUCUGGGAUAUCAUGGACAAAGCUACAUAUGAUGCGAUCCAAGUCAUGGCAGAUGAUAGGGCUGCUGAUCUUGAGUACUGGCACGAUUCGUCCGCUAGUUGGAAGAAAGAACGACCAAAAGAAGAGAGUAUUCAUAUCCCAGGCGUAGUUCAUGAAAGUUCGACCCUCUACAUGAGUGACGACCUGGAUGUAGAUAAACAAGCGUCGGUCGGCCCAGGAUAUAACCCCAGAGGUUGCAAUAACGUUUAUGUGACUGGUGGUGCACUGUUCCCUUCCUCUGGAUCAUGGAAUCCCACCCUUACAAUGUGCGGAUAUGCACAAGACUUGGCCAAGAGAUUGGUCGGAAUCCCUAAACAGUCUUCAAGGAAAUAACGAUUGCGAUGUUGGUAUGGAUUUGUAUGAAUUCUGUUGGUUACUGCGCUCUAUGCACAACCCUCAAAAUUUGUAA